AUGACGAUUUACAUUGGUAGCACCCACCGUGGUCACGGUCACUGCAUCGCCAAAGGCGUCGAUCCCAAGCUCAUGAUGGCCGAGUUGUUCGGUCGGACUACCGGUCCCAACAAAGGCAAGGGUGGGUCGAUGCACAUAGCUGAUAUGAGCAAGGGAAUGCUGGGCACCAAUGGCGUGGUAGCUGCCAGCGUCCCACUGGCCUUGGGAGCUGCGUUGACUUCCAAGUUACGCGGCUUGGGACGCGUAGCCGUGGCCUUCUUUGGGGAUGGCGGGGCCAACCAGGGUGUAUUGCAUGAAUGCAUGAACCUGGCUUCGGUCUGGAAGCUGCCCGUGAUCUUCUGCUGCGAAAACAACGGCUACGCCGAAUCCACGCCGGUGGAGUACGCCUUGUCUACUGCCAGGGUAGCUGACCGCGCUGCGGGUUACGACAUGCCAGGAAUCCACGUGGAUGGCAUGGAUGUCUUUGACGUGUUUGAAGCUGCCGGUGAGGCAGUGAGGCGCGCUCGAGCAGGCGAGGGGCCGUCCCUUCUGGAGUGCCGGACUUAUCGCUUUUACGGCCACACGGUGUUCGAUAAUCCCCUCAGUUAUCGAACUCAGGAGGAACAGGACUACUGGCGUACGCGGGACCCGCUGAAGCUUUUCAGGGAAAGGGUAGUUCCAGGAGAAAUGGGUUGA